AUGUUUGCUAGCCUCGCUGACAAAAUGAAUCCUUGGAACAAGCUGAAGUCUUACUGCUGUGCCGUGGUCUAUAUCAUGACGAGGAAGAAAAGAACGCCCAAUGUUAAGCAAUUCACCAUCUUAGAAGAAACCACUGAUGGCACCAACUACAACCACUACAUCGUUCCACGGACUCGCAACAUCGUGCGGCAUAUGGAAUACGUAUCUGUAGGCAACAAAGUAUCUGCACGGACGUCCUUCUAUACUGCUUCCACCACCGAUGCGGGCGAUAAAGAUGCGCCAUCGUUUGAUCUGUCUGAACUCUGCAGGCCAACUUCUGAUAUCCCUGAUAAUGAUGAAGACGUAGAUCUCUUCGACCUGGACCCCCGGUAUUUAGAGGAUGUAGAGAAACUGUGUGGACAUAAGCCUCGCCGCCGCAGUGCAGGGGAUCAUCCGCUCCAGGAAUGGGUUCCUGAAAUUGACAACUAUCUCGCCGAGAUGCUGCGGCUGGAGGGGCGUUAUGGUUUCGACACCGGGUGCUGCCAGUUCUGCAAGGAGGGCCCGGCAAUGGUGCACUCCUUUCCAUCGCGUGCAGGUCAGUCGGGUUUUAUUACUCUUAUUCGAAGACUGCGCAUCCAGUUGGGUCACCCAGUUGGGCAUAUGUGUCGUCUUCCUGUGCGAGCUACAGGUGAUGACUUCAUAGUCUUGUGUGUGAACGGUAUCCACGAAGUUGGACUGGAUUUUUCCACAUCAACGAACCCCAAGACAGCUGCUACUUUCCAGCUUUGCCGAUAUACACACCUCCUGAUGACUCAAUCCAAGACCUCUGGCUAUGAAUUCUACCAGAGCCUUGCCCGGCUAACCGAUAACACCGGUGUGCAGACGCCUAAGGAUCGACGAGGACAUGAUCCUGACGGUGUCAAGGCGACGACACCUGGGUCAUGCGCAGUUCUUUGCCCAGCCUGUCUGCACCCUGGAAAAAAUUUGCCGCCAGAUUGGGAGGAUGCCCCAGAUGAUCAAAAGUGGUUAUAUCGCCUGUUUGUUGGACUCAAUGCGAACUUCCGCCUCAAGCGCAAGAAGGAAAGUGCAUACAAGGAAUACCUCGGCAUGUACGAUUCCCUCAUGACAGAAGAACAGAGUACUUGCAACAGUCAUGAUGCUGUCAAGCUGGCGAACAUGAGGGGCUCCAUCGCAGGAACAGCUGCCAGCAGAGUUGGUGCUGCGACGUGUACGCGGCACGAUAUGAGGCUACCAUGCAGUGUUGGUGACCUCCAAAAGGGAGAACGGUAUGUCAACAUGGAUUACAUUUUCUUCUCGGCCCUGGCGAACAGUGCCCCCAAGAACGUCGUUGUCUCCUACGAUAUUGCUUGUCAGUGGCAUAGAAACCUGUGGAAAUGGUACCACAUUUACGAAGACUGUCCAUUCAAGAAGGACGAUCAAGAUUUUGUCUUCCUGAUCCCAAAAUUCCACAUCAAUGCUCAUCAAGAUUCGUGCCAGACGAGCUUUUCCUUCCAUAAUACUCCGCACGUUGGCGAGACGGAUGACGAGGGUGUCGAGCGGCCCUGGUCGGACUCAAACUUAUAUUCCUUGAGCACGAAGGAGAUGGGCCCUGGUUCGCGGCACAACUUUCUUGACGACACAUUUGCAGACUACAAUUGGCGGAAAAUAUGUGGCAUGCCUGCACUGCCGGAGCGCAAUGAACAAGUCUUCACCUUUGCAGAACUGAACAGUGCGAUCACGCCAAAGGAUCGUGGUGAAUGGACAACUACCAUCGAAGCUUGGGAGAAGAACCCAUCUCAAACCAAUCCGUUUGUCGUUACGUGUCCCGCUGUGACUCAAGCAGCUGUACGGCUGCAGUUGGCCAACGAAGAGGCUGCAGAGUUGGAGAAUGGCGAGUGCAGUGGGAUAGUGUAUGAGCUCCCCUCUCUGAGCAUGAUGAUCAUGGUCGGAAUGGAGCUCCAGGAGCAACAAUAUCGCCUUCGAUGA